AGAUGUCCACGUCCAGAUAUCGAACACGCUCAAAUUUCUUGACUCCUGAGGUGGCGUUUGAGAUCGCAGACACCAUCGGCACUCCCUGCUAUGCCUACGACCUGGCGACCCUCAAGAAGCAGGCGGAGGCAGCCCUCGCCUUUCCCAACGCCUACGGCUUGACUGUGCGAUACGCUAUGAAGGCCGCACCCAACGCUGCCAUCCUGAAGCUCUUCCACUCCAUGGGGCUUCACUUCGACUGCUCCUCCAUCUUUGAGGUCCAGCGUGCCAUGGCGGCGGGAGUUCCUCCAGCCCACUGCUCGCUCUCCUCCCAAGAACUGGGCGAAGGGUUCGAGAAGCUGGUGGAGCAGGGCGUCAAGAUCAACUGCUGCUCCCUCCUCCAGGUCGAGAAGUUCUGCGCCAAGUGCCCAGCAGGGAAAGAGCUCGGGCUUCGCUUCAACCCUGGGGUCGGCUCAGGAGGAACGAGCAAGACGAACGUGGGAGGACCGUCUUCCUCCUUCGGCAUCUGGCACGAGUACGCGGACAAGUGCAGCGAGAUGGUGAAGGCUGCCGGCUGCAAAGUCGUUCGCGUGCACACGCACAUCGGGUCGGGCUCAGACCCAGCGGUGUGGAGGAGAUGCACCGGCAUGUCCAUCGCCCUGUGCGAGAAGUUCCCCGAGGUGACCGUCCUCAACCUUGGCGGAGGCUACAAGGUGGCGCGCAUGCGCACAGACAAAGGAACCAACUUGCAGACGGACUGCGCGGUGGUAAAGGACGAGUUCGAGCAGUUCAGCAGCAAGUUUGGCCGUAAGCUGCACCUCGAGAUCGAGCCUGGCACCUUCCUGUCGGCUAACAGCGCCUGCCUCGUCGCCUCUGUCCACGACAUCGUCCAGACCGGCACCGACGAGGGGCACACCUUCAUCAAGCUCGAUGCCGGCAUGACAGACGUGCUCCGCCCGAGCUUGUAUGGAGCACAGCAUCCCAUCGUUGUUGUCCCUCGCGAUGCUUCGAGGGCCUCCAAGAGGAAGUCCUACGUCGUUUGCGGUCACUGCUGCGAGUCUGGAGACCUCAUGACGCCUGCCCCUGGUGAACCCGAAACCUUGUCGGAGCGCAUGCUCUGUGAGGCCGUGCCGGGUGACGUCGUUGUCAUCGAGGCUUCGGGCGCCUACUGCUCGAGCAUGAGCACCAAGAAUUACAACUCGUUCCCUGAGGCUCCUGAGGUCAUGAUCGUCGACAACAAGGUGCAUGUCAUCCGCAAGCGCCAGGUGGUCGAGGACAUCUGGAAGAACGAGGUUGAUCUGCCCGCGGGCGUCAUUGCCAAGUAGAUUCACUUGACUCAAAUUGUCGGUGCUGAUAAAGCUUGAGGAAACUAGCCCCCCUUCCGCUCUUCCCCUUCCUCCUUAUCCCCACAGAGAGUCGGGGAUCUCCCCAGUGAAGGCCGUGUCGAAGCGACCCGUCAUGAGCACGUGACCUUCCUUCUCGCCGCCGCUACCAGGA